AUGCGUGUGUGCAACCAGCUGCGAGUGUGUUUGCAUGUCCCACACUAAUCUGUGCGUGUGCAUGCGUGCAGCAAGCUGUGUGCUGUUUCCCAGGUGGUGGUGGCUCUGCGUGUGUUUGUGUGCGUGUGACAUGUCAGAGUGCGCUCACAGCUGUGCCUGUGUCACCAGUCCUGGUUGGCAUGCAUGGUGCAUGUGCGACAGUUGAGUAUGAACCUGUGUGCUGCCUGUUACUGGUCGUGGUGAACUGAAGCUGGGCGCACACACAAGCACUUGUGUGUUGCGGAGGCCUGGUGUGUAUUUGUGCAUGAGAGACAGAGGAUGUGUGUGCUUGUGCAUGUGUCAAAGGUAUUGCGUGCGUGUGUGUGACAGUACUGUCAUGUUGUUUGCAUGUGCCCAGAGGUACGGUGUGUUUGUGUAGCUGAUAAAAACACAGGGUGUGUGUUUGUGUAUAUGCAGCAGUGGCAUUGUGUAUGUGUGAAAGAAGCACAGUGUGCAAGUGUGUCUUUUUGCAUAUAUGUGAACCAGGGGGGCUAUGUGGGGCUGUAUGCAUGUGUGUGUAUCUAUGAGUCUGUGUGCACCUGCAUAUGCACAGCUGAGUCUGUGUGUGUGUGUGCAUGUCAUUGUGUCUCCAUGACCCCCAGUUUUCUACAGGGGACAUCAGUGCCCCCAGUACAUGCAGGGAGCUGGUCCCUAGGGCCACUUGGGUCUGCACGCAUGCACCCGCACACGCGGUGCCUAAGUGUCCCAGCCGCUGGCCCCGCACACUGCUGGGCCACGGGACACGGCAGGAGGCAGUGAAACGUGCUCGCACGGCUUUUCCUUCUCUCUGCCUGAGGAGAUGCUGCCGAACGCGUGAGCACUCAGUGCGGGGUGGGCAGGGAGGCGGGGCAGGGCAGGCUUGCCGGGCACUGACACUGAGCAAGGAGCAGAUGGGGCUGGGAGACGGCAGUGCGGGCAACGGCGGGGCAGCCUCUGCAGGAAACUGGGCACAGACCUGCCUCUGCAAACAGCCCUGGGCUGCCAGCCUCCAGUCUCCCUGCGGGAACCGACCCAUCCCAGCAGAUGCUGGCUGGAGAACGACCCAGCGGGCAGCAGGCAGGAGGUCCCGCAGAAGGUCAGGCCCGCAGGUCCAACAUCGUGCGGCAGCCAGGGUCACCCGAGGCAUCAUCAAGGAGAAGGAGGGGAAGAUGGAGGAAGAGCUGGGGGGUGGCCGGGUAGGACAUGGGGCCUUCCUGGGCUCCCUGCUGUGGGAGCGGGCCCUGCCCUACAGCGAGGUGGAGUAUGUUGACCUGGACGAGUUCCUGCUGGAGAAUGGGCUGCCCCCCAGCCCCAGCAGCCCACCUGGCACCUCACCCAGCCGCAUCCAAGCCAGUGCUCCUGGCUCUGCAGGGGCUCUCAGCCGCCCAGCCUCCUGCACCUCCACCACCUCAGCCUGCUCCUCGCCCAGUGAUGGCAGCACAGGCAGUGGCUGCCCCAAGACAGGCCCGGUGACCCCUGUGUCCAGGAGCACACCCAGCCCCGUGGACCCUGACAGCGUGGAGGUGCUGAUGAACUUUGACCCUGACCCUGCGGACCUGGCGCUGUCCAGCGUCCCUGGGCACGAGACCUUUGACCCGCGCAAGCACCGCUUCUCCGAGGAGGAGCUCAAGCCCCAGCCCAUCAUGAAGAAGGCACGGAAAAUCCAGGUGCCUGAGGAGCAGAAGGAUGAGAAGUACUGGAGCCGGCGGUACAAGAACAAUGAGGCAGCCAAGCGGUCGCGGGACGCUCGGCGCCUCAAGGAGAACCAGAUCACGGUGCGGGCGGCCUUCCUGGAGAAGGAGAAUGCUGUGCUGCGCCAGGAGGUGGCUGCCAUCCGCCAGGAGCUGUCCCGCUACCGCUCCAUCCUCUCCAAGUAUGAGGCUCAGCACGGAGCCUUGUAGGCACAGCCCUGCCCACCCUGUGGACACAUGGAGUGGAGCCCCCUCUGAUCAGGUGGGGGCUGGCCGGGCCCCCGGGACUUGGUCAGCAGCAGCCCCCUAGGACUGGCAGACUCUAAGGCUUGCCCCACAGGGCACAGACACCCAGGGACAGGGGCAGACUGAGCCCAUGGAUGCAGCGCCCCCUUCCCAGCUUGGACACAUUGGCACAAAGCCUCGUUGAAGAGGAUGGGGACCAGUGUUGAUGGGGACAGCUCUGAUCCAAUAGGGGAGGGUCAGUGCCAGGAUGCCUGGGUUCCCUCCCAACUCCAGGAGGGGAGUGUGGUCUGGUGGGUUAGACCAGAGAGGCUGGGAACCAGGAAACCUGGGUUCUGUAACAGCUCCAGAGAAAAGUGAGGUCUGGAGCAGUGGAGCCAGGAGCCUCGAGGAUUUGAUUCUUCCAGCUCUGCCUGUCCCCACCACCUUGCUCUGAUUGGUUGGCAGGCCACUUAGCAAGAGAAGUCGCUGUCCCUGCUCUGUCUCCCCCUGUGAUACUACACUUGGGGAGUGAAUGGUAGGGAGCUUCACUGCUGAACUGUUAAGUGACUGGCCUGAGACUUUGUGAGGUGCCUGAACCAGGGACAGAACCCAUGUGUCCUGGCUCAACCCUGCCUCUAAGCAUCCAGCACUGGAAGGAAGUGCUUUGCUUUACAGUAGGGUUGGCCAUCUUCUAAGUGGCUGUGGGGACAGCACAUCCUGCAGGCCAUACCAGCAGAGGUCACCCCCCCCCGAGCUGCACAUCACAUGGAUGCCCCCCUGCUGCAACAAGCACCUGCUUCAGUGCCCACUUGCUGCUGCAAUGAGCCCAUGUGGACAUUUCCCACUGCCCACCACACGCCACAUGGCCCCAACCGCACUGGUGUGGAACUAAGAAGCCUGAGAACAAAAGGGGAACCCAGAGACUAUGAUGGGGGGGCGGGGCUGCAACUGGUCCAGAGCCCCAAGGAGCUGCAGCUCCUUGGGGGCUUAACCCCCUCCUUCCCCACAUGGGCUGCCAAUUACAGCACAACUCCAUGCACCCCCUGGUGGCUAUUUGGUAUUCCAACACUCAGGCGAUUCCCAAAACAGGCACACAUUGGGAAUGGCUGGAGGGACCAUGCAGGGAUCUGGCCCAGGACACCUGAGUUCUGUCUGAAAUCUGGCAGGGGUGCGGGGACCUGGUGGGUUACAGCAGGGGGGGCGGGUGUUGCUGGGAGGCAGGGCACCUGGGUUCUGUUCUAGCUGUACAUAGGAACUAGUCAAACACUGACCCUGUUUUCUGUAUAAUGAGAGCUUUGCUUUCAUUGUCCUUCCCACCUCUCUGAUAGAACCCAGGCAUCCUGUCCCACCCUGCUUCCCUCCCAGCGCUAGGAUAGCACCCAGGUGUCCUGGCUCCCAGCCUUCCCCCUGCUAUAACACACCAGAUCCCAUCUCCUCCCCCCACCCCCCCUUUGCACUCUGACCACUUUACUGCCCUGGGUCCCCCUCUUGCCCAGUGCAUAUUAUAUUUUUGGUGUGGGGGGGAUGUCUUUCCUCCCCACCGGACCAGUACAAACGGGUUUGCCGACCAUGCCCCAGGGCUGGCCGGCCAAGGGGUGGGUGGGGGGCAGGUUCCCUGUGUACUUUGCCAGGGUUGAGAUGUGAGCUAUAUUUUGGUAAAACUACUUGGCCAUCUAUGCCAUCCCACCUGCCCUAGGCAUGGCCAGGACCCCUGCAUCCCCCAGGCAGCCCAGUGAGACCGGGGCAUAUCCCACCCGCAGGGGUGUCCACUGAACAAUGUGGGGGGGGGGGCACAUGCCCACACCAGCUCAGCCUGGGUGCUGGGUUGGGGGUGGCUGUGUUGGGUUGGGACUGCGGGUACUGGGGCG